AUGGAGAAUACCGGAGGUGUGAGAAAAGGCGCAUGGACUUACAAGGAAGAUGAGCUACUCAAGGCUUGCAUUAACACGUACGGUGAAGGAAAAUGGAAUUUAGUUCCUCAGAGAUCUGGAUUGAAUAGAUGCAGAAAAAGUUGUAGAUUGAGGUGGUUAAAUUACUUAAGCCCCAACAUCAACAGAGGAAGAUUUUCUGAGGAUGAAGAAGAUUUGAUCCUAAGGUUACACAAACUACUAGGAAAUAGAUGGUCAUUGAUUGCUGGAAGGCUUCCGGGUAGAACAGCUAAUGAUGUGAAGAACUAUUGGCACACAAAUUUGGCAAAGAAAGUGGUUUCAGAAAAGGAAGAAGAGAAAGAAAACGAUAAACCUAAGGAAACCAUGAAAGCUCAUGAAGUUAUUAAACCUCGUCCUAUAACUUUGUCAAGUCAUUCAAAUUGGUUGAAGGGGAAAAAUAGUAUUCCUAGAGAUCUUGAUUACUCAGAGAAUAUGGCUUCAAAUCAAAUUGGUAGAGAGUGUGCUUCUACUUCAAAACCAGAUCUAGGUAAUGCCCCAAUACCAUGUGAAAUGUGGUGUGACAGUUUGUGGAACUUGGGAGAACAUGUAGACAGUGAGAAAAUUGGGUCAUGCUCUUCAUUACAAGAGGAGAACUUAAUGGAGUUUCCAAAUGUUGAUGAUGACUCCUUUUGGGAUUUCAACCUUUGUGAUUUGAAUUCUCUUUGGGAUCUACCUUGA